UUCACCAGUAUCUAUUGACAAAUUAUUUCUGAAACUUCAAUAAAAUAUUUCAAAACUUAAUGGGAUAAUGCAGAAUAUGAAUUUGAAGCCACUAAACAUCGAUCAAGUCAACAAAAAAAUUUUAGAAAAGAAAAUCAUCUCCAGACCUGAUUAUGAUCUCAUUAAUCCUACUGGCAAUUAUCAAGAUGAAGAUGCAAAAAUUUAUCAAGAAAAAUAUAAUGAGUUUUCUGAAAUUUCAAAAAAGUAUCAAGAAUUCAAUGAACAAACUUUCUUAACAUCUAAAGUGAAACUACUGAAAGAUUAUGAAAAUUUCAUUGAAAGAAUUAGUGGUGAUUUUUUCCAUUUCAAAAGAAAAGGAACUGAAAAUGAAGCAAUUGAAGAGAUCCAAGAAAAAAUCGAUAAUUAUGAUAUGAAUGGAAGAAAGCAAAGGAAAAGGCUUGUCCGGAAUAUUCAUGAAAAACUCAAUACGAAUACUGAAGAUUACUGCAUUGAACCCUGGUUUUAUCGAUACCUAAUAUUAAAUAAAUUUAUUCAUUUUGCUCGAGCAAUAGUUUUGAAGAACAGAUUAUUGAAGAAUUUGGAAAAACUCAAACAAUUAGAUAGAGAAAAAAUUCUAGAGUUUGAGAAAAAACCUUUGAAAUAUCAUAACGACACUUAUUCUCAACUAUUUGAAAAAUUCCUGUGAUAAUCAUAAUUGAUAAAUAUAUUUUCAUUUAUUAACAUA